UCAAUUCUUUGCUUCUGAAUGCAAAUAAACUUUCAGGCCAUAUUCCUGCAUCUCUGGGUAGUUUGCGCAACCUGAAUUAUUUGGCUCUUAAUGAGAAUCAACUUACUGGUUUCAUACCUCCAGAAAUGGGAAACCUUUCUAGUUUGUUUGAACUCCAUUUGGAUACCAACAACUUAUCAGGUUCUAUUCCUGCAUCUCUGGGUAGUUUGCGCAACCUGAAUUAUUUGGCUCUUAAUGAGAAUCAACUUACUGGUUUCAUACCUCCAGAAAUGGGAAACCUUUCUAGUUUGUUUGAACUCCAUUUGGAUACCAACAACUUAUCAGGUUCCAUCCCUCCAACUCUUGGAAAUAUGAAGAAACUAGUCUUGUUGUUCCUUCAAACAAACAAUCUCUCUGGUUCAAUCCCCACAUCUUUAGGUGAUCUAUCAGACCUUAAGGCUCUCUAUCUCUAUGAAAAUCAGCUUUCUGGCACCAUUCCAAAAGAGAUGGGGAACUUGAAAUCUAUGGUGUCUCUAUCAUUGAGCAUGAACAAACUCUAUGGUUCAAUUCCUCCAUCUUUAGGUAAUCUGACAAAGCUCACCAUUCUUUAUCUCUUUGGCAAUAAACUUUCUGGCACCAUUCCUAGAGAGCUAGGGAAACUUAUGUACCUUGUCGAUCUACAGUUAAACACAAAUAAACUCAGUGGUCCCAUUCCCACUACAGUUGGUCAAUUGAGCAAGUUGGAAUCCUUAAUCCUCCGGGAUAACCAACUUUCUGGCUCCAUUCCUCAGGAGGUGGGGAAUUUACUGAAGUUGGUUGUGCUGCAGUUGGAUACUAACAGAUUUUCUGGUUAUCUACCCCAAAACAUUUGUCGUGGUGGGUUGCUAGAAAAUUUUUCAGCACAAACCAACGAUUUGACGGGUCCACUCCCCAGAAGCUUGAAGAGAUGCAAGAGCUUAGUCAGAGUCCGCCUUGAAGAUAACCAUUUCACUGGAAAUAUAUCUGAGCAACUAGGUGCAUAUCCGAAUCUUCUAUACAUAGACCUGAGCCACAAUAAGUUACAUGGUGAAAUCUCACCCAUCUGGGGACAAUGUUCAAAACUACAAACCUUACGAAUUGCGGGAAACAACCUCACUGGUAGUAUACCACCAGAGAUUGGCAAAGCGACCCAAAUUGAACUACUUGAUUUUUCUUCAAAUACUUUAGCUGGGGUGAUUCCUAGUGAGGCUGGGAGAUUGACUUCUUUGCUCAAGCUGAUGUUGAACGACAAUCAACUCUCUGGUGGUAUACCUUCAGAAUUCGGAUCAUUUGCUGAUAUUCAACUUCUUGAUUUGUCCACCAACAAAUUCAAUAUGUCAAUUCCGAGCAUUUUGGGUGACUUGAGCCAGUUGAUCUUCUUGAAUCUCAGCAACAACAAGUUCUGUCAAGAAAUUCCAUUCCAGUUGGGGAACUUAGUUCACCUCUCCGAACUAGAUUUAAGCCACAAUUCACUUGAGGGUCGGAUACCACAAUUGAGCAAACUCCUAAGCUUGGAGAAGCUGAAUCUUUCUCACAAUAACCUUUCCGGUCUCAUCCCCAAUUUUGAUCAGAUGAAUGCCUUGGAUCUGGUCGACAUGUCCUACAAUCAAUUGCAGGGUCCCGUCCCCAACAACAAAGCAUUUCAACAUGCUGUCUUGGAAGGUAAUAUAGGACUGUGUGGCAACGUCAGAGGACUUCACCCCUGUUAUGUUCUUACCGUGGGAAAUAGGCAUACUUCAACAAAGGAUCGAAAGCUGAUUCUUUUGAUCAUUUCCCUUACAGUAGGAGUAUUUCUCCUUGCUUCCCUUGGAAUUGCUUUGAUUAGAAACGGAAGGAGAAAAGAACAGGUUACAGAAGAUGGUGAUAUGCAUAAAGAAGUCUUCUCAAUAUUCGACUUUGAUGGUAAAAGAAUGUACGAAGAAAUCAUCAAGGCAACCAAUAAUUUUGAUGUCAGCCAUUGCAUCGGAAAAGGAGGAUCCGGAAGUGUCUAUAAGGCAAAGCUGCUAUCGGGAAGCAUAUUUGCAGUGAAGAAACUCCACCCAAUACUUAUUGGUGAGGAGACAUCUCGGAAGGAAUUCCUUUCUGAGAUAAGGGCACUAAUGGAGAUACGACAUCGGAACAUUGUGAAACUUCGUGGUUUCUGUUCGCAUUCCCAUCACUCAUUUUUGGUCUAUGACUACCUAGAAAAGGGUAGCUUGGCUGCGAUCUUGAGCAAAGAAUAUGAAGCUGAGAAAUUGGACUGGAGCACAAGGGUGAGGAUUGUGAAAGGUGUAGCUCAUGCCCUGUCUUACAUGCAUCAUGCUUGCUCUCCACCUAUUGUGCAUCGAGACGUAUCAAGCAACAACAUACUGCUGGAUAUCGAAUAUGAGCCUGUUGUUUCAGACUUCGGCACCGCCAAGCUUUUGAAUCCAGACUCAUCACAUUGGACUUCCCCAGCUGGCACAUAUGGAUAUAUAGCACCAGAGUUAGCUUACACAAUGAAGGUAACAGAGAAAUGUGAUGUUUAUAGCUUUGGGGUAUUGUCACUGGAAGUGAUCAUGGGAAAGAAGCUGGCUGAUUUCGUCUCCUCCUUUUCAACUCACACAUGCGACAACGAAGAGAUACUGCUGAAUGAUGUACUGGACCAACGCCUGCCUCCUCCUCUACCAACUGUUCAGAAUGAACUGAUAACAAUUGCAAGGCUGGCAAUUGCAUGCAAACAUUCCCAUCCACAAUCUAGGCCAACAAUGCUUAUGGUUGAGCAGGUGUUGUCAUCCCAAGGUGCAAAUUUCUCUAGACUCCCAGAGAUUACAAUUGAACGACUCAUUGGUUAAGAUCUCAAGUGUGUCAUCUACGAGCGUGGGCACAACAAUAAGUUUUCUUUACUUUCUUUGGCAUAUUCAUAUAUCGUUUCAUGUCAACUUUUUCAUGUAUUCAGAGGACAAAAGAAUAAAAUUCUCGAGUUAUCGUA